GAGCUCCGCCUGCACAUUCCCUGCUUCUCUCUCUCUCUCUCUCUCUGUCUGUCUGUCUCUUUAAAAUCCAUUUCAAAACUCACUCACAUCCUCAUUCUGCAGAAUGCGUACUUUGUAAUCAGUGCAUCUCUCUCCAGAAAAAAACAUGGGACAAUCAAAGAAGUUCAGAGGUGUCAGGCAGCGCCAUUGGGGGUCCUGGGUGUCUGAGAUACGACAUCCUCUCCUGAAGAGGAGGGUGUGGCUUGGUACCUUCGAGACAGCUGAGGAAGCGGCCCGAGCGUAUGAUGAGGCAGCCGUCCUCAUGAGCGGACGCAAUGCUAAGACAAACUUCCCCAUUGCGAGGAAUCCUGCAGGAGAUGAGCACUCCCAGACAGGCCUCUCUGAGGUCCUCAGCGCCAAGCUGCGCCGCUGUUGCAAGACUCCGUCUCCUUCCCUCACCUGCCUUCGCCUUGACACGGAGAAAUCACAUAUUGGUGUGUGGCAGAAGCGUGCUGGUGCUCGUGCAGAGUCCAAUUGGGUUAUGACUGUUCAACUUGGAAAGCAGCUUCCUCAGCCAACGGACGAGACUGAGGACGCAUCUUCUGCGCAACAACCAGCUGAGACACCACCACAAGGAGGGCUUAAUAUCAUCGGAGGAGGAGGAGGGAUGGAGGAUGAAGAAAGAGUUGCACUGCAAAUGAUAGAGGAGCUCCUCAACAGGAACUGUCCAUCUUCCCCUUCCCAAGAAAGUUGCAGCUAUAUCAUUUAAUUAGUAGUUCCAGGUCCAAUCCGGCUGGGCUGGCUGGCCCCUUCUUCUUCUUCUUCUUCUUCUUCUUCUUCUAUCUAUGGCACCUACUCCAACUCCCAGGCUUGCUUCUUCCUUCCUUUCAUGCUUUCCUAAUCACUUCCCUAAAGUGGAUAAUAACUAGGUUAUGUCUUUAAUAUGUUUAUAUAUAUAUCUAUAUAUAGAUAAGCCUAUGCAUAUAUGUUGUAAUUAGACAUAUAAAACAGUCUUUAUCAACCCUGGAUGUGCUUAAAUGAUGCCCAAUUAAAAGUAGGGAAAUAAAAGAAAUGGGCUAUGAUUA